UCAUGUAUCUACAGCAUCUAAUUAGUUGAAACCAAUGACGUCACCGGAUGUUAUCUUCCCCGUCUGAGCGGGAAGAUGAGACUCUGUUGCUUAACACGGGCAACUGAACUCUCUCAUUGCUAGGUAAUAAGCGCUGGGAAAACUAGAGUUUGCCUAAGCAGAUCAUAUAUAAGUUGUGUUUGCCUCACUCAGAACCAGUCAUGCAGGCCUUUUUGAAAGGAGCAACAGUACAAUCUACCAGAUCUCAGAAAGACAAGGGGGCGACAGGACCUAGUACAGAGAAGAAAGCCAAGGUUGUUCCCUGGGUAGAAAAAUACAGGCCAAAGUGUGUUGAUGAGGUGGCCUUUCAGGAGGAUGUUGUAGCAGUGUUGAAGAAAUCUCUGGAAGGAGCAGAUCUUCCCAAUUUGCUUUUUUAUGGUCCUCCUGGAACAGGAAAGACCUCCACUAUCUUGGCUGCUGCCAGGGAACUUUACGGCCCGCAGCUGUUCAGACAGAGGGUGCUAGAGCUUAAUGCCUCAGAUGAACGAGGCAUCCAGGUUAUCAGAGAAAAGGUCAAAAAUUUUGCUCAGCUCACUGUGGCAGGAACCCGCACUGAUGGGAAGCCAUGUCCUCCUUUUAAGAUCAUUAUCCUGGAUGAGGCAGACUCCAUGACAGCACCAGCACAGGCUGCUCUAAGAAGGACAAUGGAGAAGGAGUCCCGCACCACACGAUUCUGCCUCAUCUGCAACUAUGUCAGCAGGAUUAUUGAGCCUUUGACCUCCAGAUGUUCCAAGUUUCGUUUCAAACCUCUAGCCAAUCGGAUCCAAGAAGAGAGGCUGCUGGAGAUCUGCGAGAAGGAGAACCUUAAAUACACCAAGGAGAGUAUAGAGGCGCUGGUAAGGGUGUCUGAGGGAGACCUGCGGAAAGCCAUCACCUACCUCCAAAGCGCGGCACGACUUAACAAUGACAAAGACGUCACAGAGUGUGCUGUCAUUGAAAUAGCCGGGAUUGUUCCUCCCAAGAUGAUCAACAAACUGUUGCAGAUUUGCUUCAAAGGAACAUUUGAGAAGCUAGAAGAUGCAGUCAGGAACCUGGUGGAUGAAGGCUAUGCAGCCACACAGAUCCUGAGCCAGCUUCAUGAAUCCAUCAUAGACGGGGACAUAAAUGAUAAACAGAAGUCAGUCAUCACAGAAAAGAUGGCAGUUGUGGAUAAGUGUCUAUCAGAUGGGGCUGACGAGUACCUGCAGAUGUUGAGCCUGUGUUCAGUCAUCAUGCAGCAGGCCUUCCAGAACACCUAAAACUCAACAUCAAUGGACAUAUCAGUUCUUUUCUCCUAUUUAGAUCUGUAUUGUUCAUAGUUUGGAACAUCAUGUCUCACAAUUCAUGGAAGUACUUUACUAAAACAUAUGUACUCUACAUUUAUUACAUUUGAAAUAAAAAUGUUUAUUUGAA